UCUACACUCUACACUAUACUUACUAUUGUAUACAACACCAACACCAUCCAUGAACCUCCACCAUGCCUAUCACCACAUCCACCACUUCUUCAACUCUGCCUCCUCCAUCCUCUCCCACCAAAUACCACCAAUCACCCGAUAAACAAAAUAAUAAUAAUAACAAUACCCCAACUCUCCUCCGCCGCAAAUCCACCAUCCACCACCUCCGCCACUGGCUCUCACAACACCUGCCCACCCCCUCAUCCUCACCCACACCAACAUCUCCCAACACCAAACUUCUUUCGAAAUCCAAAUCCAAACCCAACCUCCGCACCACCAAGCAACCCACCUACCGUUUGCAUGCAGCAGCAGCAGCACCACCACCGAUCCCCAAAACCAAAACCAAAACCACACAACACCGCCCCCGCCCCAAAUCCACAACACCAUCCAGCUUCUCAACCUCCAUCUCGGCCUCCAGCUCAUCCAGCUCCCCGACCCCAUCAACGGAGAAUCUGAAUACAGAAUACGCGGCCUACUGCCGAGCAUUUUCAUCGGGCCUGACGGCAGAAAGCUACCGGUACGCGGACUGUCCACAGCAGCACAAGCACAACACCCACUCGAAUGUACAAAUCCCAACAGAAGCAGAGGCACUAUUCACACACACAAACUUUAGCCCCCACGCAAAAGCAAAACCCGUAUCAGAACCGGAGAAAGACGCAGACGCAACCCAAGAUCCCAGCCGUCCCAUUCCCAAUCCCAAUGACCACGCAACUGUCAUCAUUACCAACCCACCCGCAUCAUGCCACGAGCAGCACCCACAGCACGCAAACGGUGCAGAAAACGAAAAAUCGGAAACGCGGCCGGAUUCUACAGGAGGAACACCCCCCCAAGGCAGCAAACAUAGGAAACCACGGACAAAACCCUGGCGGAUAGGCGAGGUUUAUCGGCCGGAGGAUAUUUGGAUGUUGAAUGCUGGCCCCGAUACACAGGAUCGUCUUGAUCAUGAUCAGGAGGAUCGAGAGAACCACCAUGACCAUGACCAUGAGAACCGACCGUAUUACGGCAGGAAGGAAGAUUGGGAAAUAGAGGAUACGGGUGGAGAUACGACAACAAACUCAGAGAUGGAUAUGGGGAUAGGGAUAGAACACCUGAAGAAAGAGGACCGCACCUCUACCUCCAAGGAAAGAAACAGAAACACUACGAACAACAACAACAACAACACAAAGGAUACAGAACCUAAUCUAGAAGGCGAAGAGGGUACAACCACAACCACAACCACAACCACAACCACCCCCGGACAACACCACGCGACCAAAACCCCAGAAGAACCUAUCAUCCCAACCCCAAACAUCCAAACCCAGACACAAACCCAAACCCAAACCCAAGAAAUCCUCCACUGGAUACGUCACCGCUACUCCCUCGACGACGACGCAGGCGAACGCCAAGGAUUUCAUCACCCCGAGUACCGGCGCGAGCAUGCAAAUGUCCAGAAAGAAACCGAUUCAGAUACCGCCUCAGACACAAACACAAAUGCAACAGCAACAAACCACCACCUCCGUCCGCGCCUCUCCCCUCCUCUUCGGGUCCUCACCCCCGCUCGAUACGAACAAGCCCGUCGGCAAGCAACACAAAAACAACAGCUAUUGGGCGCGAAUGCGUCCGCGAGGCGAGACGGCGAGACGGGAGGCAAAGGUCUAAGAACUAAGAAGCAGGCGAACAACAGAAAGCAGCAUGCCGAUAUGGUCGGUGGUGAGGGCGGCCAGACAAACCUACGGGGCAAUCUGGGCUUACAACCUCUCCAAUGUGUGUCACCGGCACGCCAAACAGAAAGAAUGUCCAGUCCAGUCGGGUAUGCAAUCGCCGGGGGCAAUAUGGCUUUUCUUCUUUUCUUUUUUUUUUCUGUGUAACCACACUCACACGGCCAAUGGGAUCUACUGGAGGGAAAGAAGGUAGGCGUUGUAGAACACAAGGCACAAGAAAGAAAGCGGAGAACAGGGGUAUCCUGAGUAUUCUAUUACAUACAGCCUAGGCCAAUACAACAAUAAAGGAAAUUCCUCUUUCGGACAUC